UGUUCACACAGCUUCCUGACUGGUCAGAACCGAGUAACGAGAGAGAACCACGAGCCGAGGCUCGUUUUACUGAGAGCAACACUGCGAGAGAGAGGAUGAGCGUUGUGCUCUCGCUCUCGUUUAGAAUGUACCGUUAAGGUAUAUGCUUGAAGCUUUUCAGUGUCAGUCCCGGACGAGAUUUAGCAACGUGCGCUUGGCUUCAUCAUCAGCUCUCCAGCUGACAACGAACGUGCAACUCGCGACGUGGAAAACCACAAAAAAAAAAUAAUAUUAAAAGAUAAAUUUGCGAUAAAGUUCACUAUAAUUAUUGUUAUUAACAAAACAACAAGCAGUUCGAACUGCAGCGUUAUUGUUGUGUAAACGAGAAGCAAGCAUUUGGUUUCAAACGCGCAUUGCGAAUAGGAAAAUCGCGUUGUAUAUUUGUAUCUAUAACACAAAAGCAUAAAUUUGAUUACAAUGUUAAGCGCAGGCUGAUUGUAAAAACUUUGGGGCAGCACACACGCGAAGCGCGUCAGAGCGUUGACGGCGGCGUCGACGUCAGCAUCGGCGUUGACGCAGCGCCUCUCAUUGUGUAUAAUAAAAUUUGCAAAAAAAAAGCGGAAUGAAUUGAAGCCAAGCAAACGACGUUGACGUUGAUGCUAACGCUAACGCUAACGCCAGCGUUGACGGAGACGCUAAGGCUGAUGCCAGUAAAAAUGUGCGCGCACAAUACAAAAAAUUACAAAGCAUACUUUUGGGAGCGGCAAAUGGCCAAAAUCAACAGCGGCAACAUCAGCAGUAGCAGCAGCCUUAGCAGCAGCGACAGCAGCCAGCUCAAAGAACAACAAUUUGAACGCUUCAACUGAUGCUGAGCGUGCACAAAUAAGCUAAACAGUGGGGGAGUCGCACAUACCCACAGUAACGAAGAGACGGAGAGAGAGAGAGAGCGCGCGUAAAAGAGAGCUUGCGCCGCAAAACGAAUCCAUCUUUUAUUUUGCCUCUUUGCAGGACCACUGCGAAAAUGCACGCGAACAUGGCGUCAGCGCUGCGUGGGUGCAACGAGGAUAAGAAUCAGCAUCAGAUUCAGCUUCAGCGACAGAUUCAGCAUCAGCAUCACCAACAACAGCAGAAGCAGCAGCAGCAGCAGCCAGAAACAAGUUGGCAUUUAAAAGUCACAAUUUAAAAGGAACAAUCAAACCGCAAAGCAGACACAAAAUACCAAAGAAAGCAAAACAAAAGAAAACGAAACGAAACGAAAUACCGUAAAAAACAGAAAUUUUUAUAAAGCUAAUUAAAGAAUAUCAAUCAUACGCCAUGGAGCCCGUUAUGAGCUUGGCAUUGGCUGCCCAUGGCCCGCCCAGCAUACUGGAGCCGUUGUUUAAAACCGUCACUACGAGCACAACCACAACAACGACCACCACAGCUGCACCGACGAGCAGCAGCAGCAGCAGCCCCACAUUGAGCCCCACCACUGGCAGUACGCUGCUGACGGCAAUCCUAGAGAAUCUGACGUCGACAGCGGCCAGCGGUCUUUAUGAUCCGUAUGGCAAUCAGACGAACAGCACGCUGGGAUUUGAGACGAAGGGGCCGAGGUACUCGCUGGCCUCGAUGGUGGUAAUGGGUUUCGUAGCGGCGAUUCUGAGCACGUUGACAGUUGCUGGCAAUGUUAUGGUGAUGAUCUCGUUCAAGAUCGACAAGCAGCUACAGACGAUAAGCAAUUACUUCCUCUUCUCGCUGGCCAUAGCGGACUUUGCGAUUGGCGCCAUUUCGAUGCCGCUCUUUGCGGUGACCACAAUACUGGGCUAUUGGCCACUGGGGCCGCAUGUCUGCGACACUUGGCUGGCCCUCGACUAUUUGGCUUCGAAUGCCUCCGUGUUGAACCUGUUGAUAAUCAGUUUCGAUCGAUACUUUAGUGUCACACGGCCGCUGACCUAUCGCGCCAAGCGCACGACCAACAAAGCGGCUGUGAUGAUUGGUGCCGCAUGGGGCAUCAGUUUGUUGCUGUGGCCGCCCUGGAUCUACAGUUGGCCCUACAUUGAGGGCAAGCGUACGGUGCCGAAGGACGAGUGUUACAUUCAGUUCAUUGAGACAAAUCAUUAUAUUACAUUUGGCACUGCGAUUGCCGCAUUCUAUUUUCCUGUGACGAUCAUGUGCUUUCUCUACUUUCGCAUUUGGCGCGAGACGAAGAAGCGGCAAAAGGAUUUGCCCAAUCUGCAGGCGGGCAAAAAGGAUUCAAGCAAACGUUCCAACAGCAGUGAUGAGAACACAGUGGUCAAUCACACUGCUGGUGGCUUGCUAGCCUUUGCCCAGCUGGGAGGUAAUGAUCACGAUACCUGGCGGCGUCCACGCUCCGAGAGCUCGGCGGAUGCGGAAAGCGUUUACAUGACCAACAUGGUCAUCGAUUCGGGCUAUCAUGGCAUGCAUUCCCGCAAGUCAAGCAUCAAGAGCACGAACACAAUCAAAAAGUCAUACUCAUGUCUUGGCAGUGUGAAGGAGUGGUGUAUUGCGUGGUGGCAUUCGGGACGCGAGGACUCCGAUGACUUUGCCUACGAGCCGGAGGAGCCAUCUGAUUUAGGGUAUGCAACACCAGUAACAAUUGAAACUCCUUUACAAAGCUCCGUCUCCAGAUGCACCUCGAUGAACGUUAUGCGGGAUAACUACUCGAUGGGCGGCAGUGUCAGUGGAGUGAGGCCACCGAGCAUAAUGCUGGCGGAUGUGUCGCCGACACCGAUGCGUCCGCCACUCAAUUCCAUUUCGCAAAUGCAGGAGAUGAAUGCGGUCGGCAAUGGCAGCGGUGUUGGGGGCGGUGGCGGUGGCAACGGGAACGGGAACGUCAACGCCAAUGCCAAUGGGAUAGGCAAUGUGCACAGCAACCUGAACAGCAACGUCAAUGGCAACGUCAACAUUAAUAUCAGCAUCAAUGGCAGCAACAAUGUCAAUCCCGCUGUCGGCGGCAAUAGCAGCAACAUCAACAUGAACAACGGAGGCGCCACCGCGGUGGGCUGCAACAAUCCCAAUCUGAGCUCGUUGCGCGACUCGCGUACGCUGCCCGUGGACAACCGCAUCGCUUCGCGCUCCGUCAGCCAGGACUCUGUCUAUACAAUACUCAUUAGACUGCCGCCAGAUGGAACCAGUGGCUCCCACAGCAGCAACACGGCUCAAGGUGGCGGCGGAGUUGGGAAUGUCGCCAGCCACGCGGACUGCGCGCCAUCCAUCAAGAUGAUACACGAGGAUGUCUCGAGUGUGGGCGUGGCUGGCAGCGGUGUCGGUGGCGUGGGGGGCGGUGGCAUGGUUACAACAGCGCCACCGCCAACGAGGCGACCUUUGCCCUCCCGCGACUCGGAAUUCAGUUUACCACUGGGAAGGCGAAUGUCGCAUGCACCGCAGGAUGUGCGACUGCUCAACGCCAAGGUUAUACCCAAGCAGUUGGGCAAGGCGGGUGCGCAGCAUGCGUUGCUGAAUGCUCGGAAUGCAGCGAAGAAGAAGAAAAAGUCGCAGGAAAAGCGCCAGGAAUCGAAAGCGGCCAAAACACUGUCGGCCAUUCUGCUGAGCUUCAUCAUCACGUGGACGCCGUACAACAUUCUGGUGCUGAUCAAACCGUUGACCACCUGCUCGGACUGCAUUCCCACCGAGCUGUGGGACUUCUUCUACGCCCUGUGCUACAUCAACUCGACCAUCAAUCCCAUGUGCUAUGCCCUGUGCAACGCCUCGUUUCGUCGCACCUACAUUCGUAUUCUCACCUGCAAGUGGCACACUCGCAAUCGCGAGGGCAUGGUCAGGGGCGUCUACAACUAGGUUACACGAUACUCUGCAUCCGCAUUCGCAUCCGCAUCGGGACAACCGUGUUCCAGGAAUAACCUCAGUUCAUACUAGUUGCAAUAAAUGUUGUGUGCAAAAUAUGCAAAAUUGUUAGCGAAAGGCAAAUACCGAAAACCGAAACCGAAACUAUGUAGACUUAGGUAAACACUUCGACAAGCAGUACUGAUUUUUGAUGUCUAGCCCCCAAAUAUAUUAAUAUACCUAAAAUAAGUAUGUAAAGUACACAUAGUGAAAUUACAAUUUGUGAUGGCUGCCGAUUUAAGUUAAUUUCAAAUAUGUCUAAACUCAACGAAACCACAUACAUUGGAAAGCUUUGUUAUUGCACUGGACAAAAUACUCGUAGAAUCAGAUUUGCUACAAUCAAAAUCUUUCACAAAGAAUUCCAGUACUUCGAAAUCGUCUUCCAACUUGAACAUCUUGUGAGAUGCAAAUUCUGUUCCAUGUUCCCAACCUCAAUGUUAAUAAUCAAAAUGAUGCUUGUGUCUUAAAUUACUGAUACCCUACUUUCCUUGUUCUACCCCUUUUCCAUAUAAUUGGCAUUUGGAUAAUUGAAUAAGCAGCCAUCACAAGAUUGUGGUUGAAGCAAACUCACAAUAAGUAUGGGAAUCCAUUUUGUUAGUCGUUUACUUUUAGGUAGGCACGUGCUCCAUGCAACAUGAAUUUAAUACAAAUAUAAAGGAUUACGAUUUGGAAUACAUUAUAUAAAUCUAUUAUAUUAAAUUAUAUUAUAUUAUAUUAUAUUACAUUAUACAUAAUGCAAGUACACCUAUUAUUAAGCCUAAGUUGUUGGCAUACGCAUAAAAACCAAAAAAAAAAAAAAAAAAAGAAACCAAAAAAACAAAAACAAAAUGAAAAACCAAACCCGAAAAAGGAAAAGCUUUAAUACAGUUCAAACUACAAAUAUUAUGUUAAGGGGUGAUUUGCCAAUGGAUCUGUAGAGCCAAGUUCUCUUGGGUUGGUUAUCUUGUAAAAUGCAGACCAUCAUAUUGGGGGCAAAUGUGAUUGUAAGAGUAUUGCUCGAUUUGAAUUUGAGUUUUGGAUUUAUUUUGUACGUUCGUGAGCCACAUCCAGACUUCAAUUUUAAAAUACCAAAUGAGCGAGAACCGUGAAGGAACGUGAACGUAACGCAAAGGUAAACUGAACAUCAAAUAUGUUAUGUUAUGAGUAAGCUAAGCAUAAUUCUAGUACUGCUGGAGAGAAAAAUAUGAAAAGUAUUUGUAUGAGUAUUACUUAAGAACGUAACCCACCAUAGUUCAAAUACUAAGAACAAAACUUUUAUAACUGUUGAUUAAAACUUUAUAUGAAAUGAAAAACAAAACAAAAAAAUACUUAAAGCAAAAGAUAACGAAGAGAAGAAAACAAAAUACGAACUAAGGUUACGAAUAUGCCAGUUAACUAAAAGCAAUAGAAAAUCAGGCGAGUCUCGCUGGCAUAAAAAGAAAACGGGCAGUCGAUGGGAUAUCAGAGAGCAUUACUAUUGCAGAGAUCGUGUUGAAGCCAUAACAGUAGAUAGUAUUAUUUAGGAAUAGAGUUAUUCCGUUUGGGGGAGGAUUCUUCAUAGGAAACUACAUCGACUGCCCAAUCCUGGCAUAUCUGAUGCCCUCUAAUACCAAAAGCAAAACAAGCAACACCAAUCAAUACUACACAGUAUGAACAACUAGACAUGGUAAUUUAAUACAAGUUUUCCAAAGUGCACAAAAACGAACUUCAACAAAAACAACAACAACAAAAACAACAACAGUAAAGAGCAAUUUGCGAACAUAUUUAAAGCAUAUGAGAAAUAAAAUACAUAGAAUACUAAGUAUAUAAGCAGAAGGACACACCAAUACAUAUUAACGAUACAUACUAUAGAUGAUAUGAGAAACUUAAUGAAACCGAAACAAACAUUUUUAUCAAUAUGUAGUUAAACAAUUAACGGAUUACGGAUACAACAAACUGAUGCUAAAGCAUCUAAAGCUGAAAUCAAAAGAAAAAGCAUCGUUUAUAUAGUCCCAAAAUGGCACACCUCAAAUGCUAUAUAUACAUGCAUACAUAUAUACAAACAUAUAGAUAACAAAUAUAUACAAACAUGCAUAGAUUUAUAUCGCAUACAAGUAAAAGUUCAACAAAGUAAAGCAAACUAAAAGUAAUAAUUAAUAAACAAAUGAAAAGAGAAAGAACAAACCAAAAGACAUGAUUUACAACCACGCACACAUCCAAAAUGAAAAUGAAGAACAGAAAACCGAAAAAUAUAUCUCUUCAAAUGUCGAAACAAACCGAAACUUAACUACAUACGAGUAAAUAGUAUAAUGUUACAUAUAUAGACCAUGAGACAGUUUAACCACAUUGGAUUGGAUUGAUUCCACAUCCGAAUUGAAAAGCAGAACGCACUUGGCAUAUUGAUGAAGAAAUGAGAUUUAUUGCAUACAAUCUAAUUGUUUGGAUAUAUACUUUGCUAUAAUGUAAUAACACUACUAUAACUACCACUAACAAAAAUACAAAUAAUAAUACAAAUAAAAAUAAUAAUGAUAUAAAUCAUAAUAAUAAUAAUCAUAUGUGAAUAAAAACUAACAAU